AUUUAUUUAUUUUACAAUCAUGACAAACGAAAUCCCAUCCCAUGUACUGAAUCCUGCCCAUAUACAAUACAUGGCAGCAGUUCCUGACGUUGACCCGUCUCUGUUAACCAUUGACAUGAUCCGAAAAGUUGUUUCUGGUCAACCCUGUCCUCAUGAGCCAAAACCAGAGGCAUCCGUUCAAUCGAUCCAAGUUCCAACUGACGAUGGACGCUCGGUCAAGGUUGAUAUCUACAGACCAAAAGAUGUGCUGCCUGAAACCGUACUCCCUACAUUGAUUUAUUUACCUGGUGGAGGAUGGUGUUUACCACCUCAGGGUUGUCAUUAUCAUAUUGCUCCAAAGCUCGCGGUUGAUGGUCGUUGUGCUGUGCUCUUCGUCAAUUAUUCUAUUAGUCCCGAAGUAAAGUUUCCUGUGGCAGCUAAUGAGUGUUUUUCUGUUUUCAAUUGGGUACUGAAUACUGAGAAUGCGAAAAAGAUUGCAGUCGAUCCUAGCCGUGUCGUACUCGCUGGCGACUCUGCUGGAGGAAACUUGACGGUUGCCCUCACACUCCUUGCUAAAAGACACGGUGUACAUCAAGCUAUUAAACGCCAAAUGCUUUUCUAUCCUAUUCUCGAUGCAACAUGGAGCAGUGAAUCAUACAACAUUUAUGGUGAUAAAAACUAUUUCUCAUCUCGCUUCCUUAACCAGCUGCUUUGGGACAACUACAAAUCAUCUGAUGCCGAUGUACAGAAUGUCCUUGCUUGUCCUGCUCGUGCCACUGUUGAUGAACUAAAAGAGUUCCCUUCCGCUUUCAUCGUCACGUCAGAGGUUGAUCCUCUUCGUGAUGAAGCUGAAGAGUAUUCUAAAAAGCUGUUGCUUGCAGGUGUCCAGGUUUCGUCUAUGAGAGUGUUACAUGCUAUGCACGGAUUCUUAUCAGUUCCGGGACUAUUUUGUGAGGAAUCUCUGAAUGUUAUUGAUGCAGCAUCCGGUAUUCUCAGAAGAACAUUCGCAAAAUAAUGGAUUCAUUGAUCAAUAAAAUAUUUGAUUGUUUAAAGAUUUUUGUUUAAAAAAGACCAUAAAAG